AUGUCCCAGCUGAAGGAGACACAGGGGAACCCGGAGUUGUACGCUGAGAUGGCGACAGUCAGCUCCACUGCAGACAUAGAGGCUGGUCGGAGGCCUCCCCUGUAUGGCAGUCCUGUUUUGCCCGGUGAUGGUCGGAGGGGCAGAGCGUACCCCUCCCCGUCCCGCAGACGCCACCGCACCACCUUCAGCCACAGGCAACUGCAGCAGCUGGAGGAGGCCUUUGGGAUGAACCAGUAUCCGGACAUUUACCACCGAGAGGAGCUGGCCCGAGCCACGAAACUCAACGAGGCACGCAUACAGGUUUGGUUCCAGAACAGACGAGCCAAGCAGAGGAAGAAGGAGCGAGCGUCCCAGAAGGUGCUCUCUGUGCUGGGGGGGCACCGGGCUCUGCUGGGGGGCGUGUCUCUACCACCAGGGAGCAUCAGUCGUCAGUUUUACCCCCAGCCGCUGCCACACCUGCCCCGCCUGCCCCCCAUGCUCCAGCCCGGGCCGUACCCCAGACACCCCUGUACCACGGGCGGGCACCAGAACCCCCCUCAGAUGCAGCACGAGGACUGGUACGGGCCCCUCCGAACCAACCUGCCCCCUCCUGUGUUCUCCCUGACGCCUGUGCAGUCGCUCGAUACUGCCCCCCACUGGAGCUAA